CCUUCGAGAAUACUGGAGCAGGCACGGCGCCACCUCGAGGCACUCAAGCAGUCAGGACUUUCCCGCGAAACGCUGCUGGCACUGCUAGAGGAGGACAACCAACAGCAGCAACAGCAGCAGUCGCAGCAACAAAUACCACACCAAAAUCCCCAACAACAGGGCCAGCAAGCCCAACCACCACAACAUCCACAACAUCCACAACAUCCACACGGUGGCAUCGAAGCGCGGUCCUCAGUGUCCUCGACGGCCUCAAACAGCUCAGGGCGAGAAAGUAUACUAUCCACGGGAACGGGGCGCAGUUCGGCUUCCUCGGCGGGAACGAUAGGCACCACAGGCAGCAAAUCAACUACGUCAACAACUUCCGAGGCCAAGUACUGGUGCACGGCAUGCGACAAGACGUUCAAGCGCAAGUUCGACUGGAAGCGGCACGAGGAAGAGUUCCACGAGCGAUGGCGCAAAUAUCCCUGCCCGAAUUGCAACCAGAGCUUCUGGGGCCCAAACACUUUCAACCAACACCACAAAUCCGCCCACGGCUGCCGGACGUGUCCGCACUCCGAUAACGUGGUCAAGUAUAUGAGAAAGAGGAAGGCAUGGGGUUGCGGGUUUUGCGCCGCCAUGCACGGAAAGUUGGAAAAACACUAUGAGCAUGUCGCAUCCCAUUUUGAACAAGGCUGUGCCAAGUCUGACUGGCUGCAUUCCAACGUGAUAUAUGGCCUUCUGCACCAGCCUUCCAUUUUAGAAGCAUGGAGGGAUCUGGUCUCGAGGAAAGAACACAAAUUCAAUGGACACCAGCCCAUGUUCAGCUGGAGCCCUGACAAUACCGGGAGGGCUCAGGGAUAUGUGGAGAAUGAAAGUCCAGGGCAACUCCAGGACUUUCUGGAAUUCUUCGAUGGAACCAAGGAGUCGGCCGAAAAGAUAGCUCGCUGCGCGUGGGGCUACUGCCACGUUGUCCUGAAACCAAAAUCGGCAGCGGGCGAAGCGUCAUCGUCACAGGAGACCAUCACCGCUCCGCCGCAUCCUGACUACCAUCACCAGGUCUCCAUCACAUCGCAAAGCCAAGGGCUGCGGAGGACGUCCUCGACCUCUUUGAUGCCGAUUAGCAGGCAACCCAGCCGUCGAGUGUCAUCGAAUGACUUUUUCGAGCAAACACCCUCCAUCGAGGUGACGCCGGUGACGUCUCCGAUUCCACAAAACAACCCCUACCAGGGCUUUCUCCCUCCUCAACCUGUACCGUCGCAACAUAUGCAACCAGAGCCUAUGCAAAUACAACAAGUGCAGGUCCCGAGAUUGUCUUUGGACAAGGAGCUUCCUCCUGCUCCGCUAUUACCAUCGCCAAUGGACAUGGAUUUCAAUAUGUAUGAUAACAGUCCACAACCACAUCCUGACCAGAUGUUGAAGGCGCCCGACAUGAUGGACGAUUGGCAGAGCUUUACGACCACGGUCAUCGACGACCCGGCC